AAAACACCAAAUUUUAACUUUAGGGUUUCAAAAAUUUCUCCGCCUCACCGUUUCUUCUGUCGAUCUCAUAGCCACCGCCUCUUUCUCCCCUAUAUUGCUAUCAUCGUUGCCUUCAUUGAAGACCAGUCGGAGUCCACUAGCUAUUUCGACCGACAUACCAGUUCGAUCACAGGAGAGUUGUGGGUUUUCGAUUUCUAGCAACUACGAAUUUGUGAUUGACGAAACAAUUUCAAUUUAUGGUCUGCGAAAACCAAUGAUCUCAAGGAAUUUGGAUUUACUUUGAACCAUCAAAAGUGCAAUUUCUAGAAUGGGAAAAAAGAAAACAGAAGAUGGUGGUGGAGCCACUAAAGCUAAGCCAAGCAACAAAGAAGGAAAGAAAGAGAAAGUUUCUAUUGCACCCUUGCUUAUUGGUGCAGAGGAAAAGCCUGAGAAGCCAAAAAAGGGAUCAACCUCUUCCUCUGGCACUACCAAGACAAUGGCUUCCAAAUUAUCGUCUUAUAUUGAUGGGAUUGAUCUCCCUCCUGAGGAAGAAGAAGAUGAUGACGCUUCUGAUUAUAUGGAGCAACAGCAGGCUGGUGGAAGGAAACAGUCGAAUGGGCAGCAAAGGAAUCAAGGAAAGCCACUUGAUACUUCUGUAACAGACAAAGAACUCAAGAAACGAGAAAAGAAAGACAUGCUUGCUGCGCAGGCUUUAGAGCAGGCUAAGAGGGAGGCCCUUAAGGAUGACCAUGACGCUUUCACUGUUGUUAUUGGUAGCCGGGCUUCAGUUCUUGAAGGUGAAGAUGAUGCAGAUGCUAAUGUUAAAGACAUAACAAUAGAAAAUUUCUCUGUGGCGGCAAGGGGAAAGGAACUCUUAAAAAAUGCAUCAGUGAAGAUAUCUCAUGGAAAGAGAUAUGGCUUGGUUGGUCCUAAUGGAAAGGGUAAAUCUACAUUGUUGAAGCUUCUGGCUUGGAGGAAGAUUCCUGUACCUAAAAAUAUUGAUGUGCUGCUGGUUGAACAAGAGGUCGUAGGUGAUGAUAAAACUGCUCUUGAAGCUGUUGUUGCAGCUAAUGAAGAGCUUCUUAAGGUUCGGCAAGAAGUUGCAUCUUUACAAAAUUCAACCUCCGCUGCUGAUGAUGAAAAUGGUGACGAUUUAGAUGGAGAUGAUGUAGGAGAGAAGCUUGCUGAAUUGUAUGAGAAUUUGCAGAUCUUGGGGUCAGACGCUGCCGAGGCUCAGGCAUCUAAGAUUUUGGCUGGGUUGGGUUUCACCAAGGACAUGCAGAGCCGUCCUACCAGGUCAUUUAGUGGUGGCUGGAGGAUGAGAAUCUCAUUGGCUAGGGCACUUUUUGUGCAGCCGACUCUACUACUGUUGGAUGAACCCACUAACCAUCUUGACCUCAGGGCUGUACUUUGGCUAGAGGAGUACCUUUGCAGGUGGAAGAAAACUCUUGUUGUAGUUUCUCAUGAUAGAGAUUUUCUUAACACUGUAUGCAAUGAAAUUAUCCAUCUUCAUGACUUGAAGCUUCAUAUCUACCGUGGGAAUUUUGAUGAUUUUGAAAGUGGUUAUGAGCAGCGCCGCAAAGAGAUGAACAAGAAGUUUGAAAUUUAUGAUAAGCAGGUGAAAGCUGCUAAAAGAUCAGGAAACCGUGCUCAGCAAGAAAAGGUUAAAGACCGUGCAAAAUUUGCUGCUGCCAAGGAAGCAUCAAAGAACAAGGCAAAGGGCAAGGCUGAUGAAGAUGAACCCCUGCCAGAGGCACCCAAGAAAUGGAAAGAUUAUAGCGUGGAGUUCCACUUCCCUGAACCUACAGAGCUGACACCGCCACUUUUACAGCUGAUUGAAGUCAGCUUUAGUUAUCCCAACCGGGAGGAUUUCAGGCUGUCAAAUGUUGAUGUGGGGAUUGAUAUGGGAACUCGUGUUGCCAUUGUUGGGCCCAAUGGAGCCGGAAAAUCUACUUUACUUAAUCUUCUUGCUGGUGAUUUGGUUCCUACUGAGGGCGAAGUAAGAAGAAGUCAGAAGUUGCGCAUUGGGAGGUAUUCACAGCAUUUUGUGGACCUCUUGACAAUGGAUGAAACACCUGUUCAAUAUCUUCUUCGACUUCAUCCAGAUCAAGAGGGACUUAGCAAGCAGGAGGCUGUCCGCGCAAAGCUUGGAAAGUUUGGACUACCUAGCCAUAAUCAUCUCACUCCUAUUGCAAAGCUAUCAGGAGGGCAGAAAGCACGGGUUGUGUUCACAUCUAUUUCUAUGUCAAAGCCACACAUAUUGAUGUUGGAUGAACCGACGAAUCAUUUGGACAUGCAGAGUAUUGAUGCAUUGGCUGAUGCACUAGAUGAGUUCACUGGCGGAGUUGUCUUGGUCAGUCAUGAUUCUAGGCUUAUAUCUCGUGUUUGUGAGGAUGAAGAAAGGAGUGAAAUCUGGGUGGUAGAAAAUGGAACUGUAAUGAAUUUCCCAGGCACUUUUGAGGAGUACAAGGAAGAACUACAAAGGGAAAUUAAAGCAGAGGUUGAUGAUUGAUGCUGCUUGCAUAGCUCAAUCGCUUAUUGUUCCAGUUGCAUGAAAUAGUUAGCCAACUUCUUGUUAUGUUGUUUGCUCGUAUAGCUGCAUCAACAUAGGUACAUCUUAUCCUUUUUUCAAACAGAAAUCUUAUUUAUCCCUUAUGUUAUUGAUAUUGAGUGUAUCCUAUUAUAUUGCGGGCAUUUGUUAAAUAUAGAGAAUAAUUGGUUUAUAAACUGUCCACUUGAUUGCUGUGUUCAUGCAAGUGGGUUAGAAUUUCAAUUUUUCAGCAAAUGGACUUCACUUUCUUUA